CGCGGCGCCGCCCCGCCCACCCAGCCGCCGCCCGCGCGCCCACCCAGCCGCCCACCCGCGCACGCGCCCACCAGCCGCCCACCGCGCACGCGCCCACCCACGCGCCCACGCACUGCGCCCACCACCCGCGCACGCGCCCACCCAGCCCCCCACACCCGCGCACGCGCACGCCCACGCAGCCCCCACGCACGCCCCGUCCACGGCCCACGCCCACGCGCCCCCACCCGCGCGCGCGCCCACCCAGCGCCGAGCCACCCGGGCCCACCCAGCCAGCCGGCCCGCACCACGAACAGACGACAGACGGACAGACCGGGCAGCAAAAAGAACGGGCAACAGGGGGGACAAAGAAACAGGGACGGCAGGGGAGAAACACGCAGGCCAGCCAAAGAAAAAGAAAGACGCAGGGAGAGGGGGCGAGGAAACAGCAAAAGCAGGCACGCAGCACACACAGAACCGGAAGCAGCAAGCGCAAGGCGGGGAAAAGAAAACGCACACGGCCGAGAGCGGGGCCACCGGGCGGCGCAGCCCAACGAGGCCAACGAGAACCCGGAGAAGACAGCAAGCCAACAACCAACCCGGAGGGCAAGAGGAGCGGGCAGGCCGGCCGGCAGGCGAGCCCGCCGGCCCGGCGCAGAGGCCGGCGGGCGGCGGGGCGACCCGGCAGGCCCGCCACCGCGCCGGCCCGGCGGCAGAGAGCCGGGGCGGGCGGGCCGGGCGGCCGGCGGGCCGGGCGGGCGGGGCGACCCGGCAGGGCCCCCGCCACCGCCCCGGCCCGGCGGCAGAGAGCGGGGCGGGCGGCCGGCGGCCCGGCCGGGCGGCGGGGCGACCCGGCAGGGCCCCGCCACCGCCCGGCCCGGCGGCAGAGAGCCGGGGGCGGGCGGGCGGGCGGCCGGCGGCGGGGCGACCCGCAGGGCCCCCGCCACCGCCCCGGCCCGGCGGCAGAGAGCCGGAGCCGGGCGGCGGCGGCGGCGACCCGCCCCGCCGGGGAAGAAGGGGAGAGCGCAAGGGCCACGCCGACGCCGCGGGCCGGCCGCCCGCGCCCCGCCGGCCGGGACGGGACAGAGGGACGGGACACGCGCGCGGGACGCGCGCGGCGGCGGCGACGGGCGCGCGCCGCCGGCCCCCCGGCCCGCCGCGGCCCCCCGGGCGAGGGGACCGCGGGGCCGCCCGGCGACGGCCCCGGACGCCCGGCCGCGCCACGCCGCGCCCCCCGGCCCCCGGCCCAGCCGCGGGCGAGGACCCGCGGCGGGGGAAGCGGAGGAAGGGGCGCGGCACCCCGAGGCCGGGAGGCGCCGCCAGGGGCGCCGGCCCCCCGCCGCGCCGCGCCGCCCACGGCGGCCCCCGCCCGCGCCGCGGAGGACGGCGGGCCCCCCCGCCCCCGACCGGGGCCCGGGGGCCGAGGACACGCCGCCGCCCGCCCGCGGAGAGCGGAGCCCCCGCGGAGGGAAGAGAGAGAGACGAGCGAGCGACAAACCCGGGGGGCGAGGGCGGACGGGCAAGAGAGCGCAGCGAGGGAGCGGCGCGGCGACGGACGAAACCCCGACCCAGAAGCAGGGCGGCGACGAAGGGGGAGCACCAGGGGCCCCACGAACGGGCGGGGCGGGACGGGCGAGGGGGCGGCCGCCGGGCGGCCGCGCCCCGGGGCCCGGGACGGAGGGCGCGCCGCACCGGACCCCGGGCCCGACGCGCGGCGGGGGCGCGCCGCGCCGCGGCCCCCGCGGGGGGGGAACGCGGGCGACGGCCCGCCGGCGGGGACGGCGGGGGACCGGCGAGCCGAGGCCGACCGAGGCGCCCGCGGCGCGGCCGGAGCGGGCCGCCGGGGCGGGAGGCGGACGGAGAGGCGGGCAGGCAGAAGCCCACAGAGGGGAGCGGCGCCCCAGGGGCGCCGCAGCCAAGCACAGACACCAAAGGGCGGAACCGGCGGGGGCCGCGCGGACGGAGCAGGAGGACCAGGGCAACAACACAGCAGCAGGAGGGGAAAACGAACCGGGCGCACGACGGGCGAAACCCAGCGCACGGGCCCGAGGAGGGGGGGGAACAAGCCAACGCGGGGGGAAGGCGGCGGCACAAGGAGAGGAAGAGCCGACAGCGAAGGAGCAAAAAGCGACGGCGCGAGGAACGCGGGGCCGCCACAAGCCAGGGAGCCCGGGGGAACGGGGCGGACACCGCCGGCGGAAAACCCAAAGGGCAGAAGGAGCGGGAGGCCCCGCGGGCACGGGCGGGAGGCGGACGGAAAAGCCAAGAGCAAGCGAGCGGGGCCCGGCGGCGCCACGGGAGGGGGCGGGCCGCCCGGAGCGCGCCGGAGGACACCGGCGGGACCGGGGACAGGGGGACCGCCCCAGGCAAACGCCCCACCGGGCACGGGCCCCGGAGCGGGGCGCGCCCGGCCGGCGCGCGGCCGGGCGCGGGGCGCCAGAAGCGAGAGCCCCGCGGGGCGCGCCCCCCCGCCGCACCGGGGCAGGGAAAAAACGAGCAGAGGAGGGGAGGGCACCGGCGGCCCGCAAGGCCGGCGGACCCCGCCCCGCCCCCGCGCGGGAAACGGGGGGGGCGCCGGGGGCCGCCCACGGAGGCGACACCGCGCAGGGCGCGGCACCGGGCCAGACGAGAGGCAAGCGCAACAGGGGCGGCGGGCCCCGCGGAGGCCGCCAAGCCCGGGCCCGGGGCGGGGGGGCGCGGGAGAGGAGGGAGGGACAGGGGGAAGCGCGGGCAGCCAGGCAGGCGCGGCACGAAGGAGAGGACGAGGCAGGGGGCGACCGGAAGAGAGGCAGAGGGACGCCCGCCGGGGACCCGCGCGGCAGGGAAGGGCGGCACGGGGACAGGCAGAGCACGGGGCAGAAAGCACAGCGCGGCAACACCCGCCGCGGGCCGGCGCGAGGCGGGGGGGAAGGAAACAGGCGGAGGCCCCGGGGCCGCCACCAGGGCGAAGGCGGCGGCGAGGCGCCGGCCGAGGCGAGGCGCCGCGCGGAACCGCGGCCCCGGGCGGCGCACCCGGCGGGGGGGACCGACGCGCCGCCGCCGCGGGCCGCGAGGGCGGCGGGGGGGGGGGGGCGGGGGAGGGAGGGACGCGCCGCGCGCCCGCCGACGGCGGGGCGGCGCGGCGGGGGGAGGGCCCCCGGCGCCCGCGCGCGCCGCCGCCGCCGACGGCCGGCGGACGCGCCCGGCCCCGGCCCCGGCCCGCCCCCCGGGCCCGCGCGCGCGGCCGGGGGGCGCGCCGGCGCCCGCCGGGCGCCCCGGGGGCGGCCGCGACGCCCGCCGCAGCGGGGGCGAGCCACGGGAAGGGCCCGGCGCGCGGCCAGAGGCGCCGCCGCCGCCGGCCCCCCCGGGGGCCCGGGCCCCCGCGGGGGGACCGCCCCCGCCGCCGGGGCCCCGGCGGGGCGCCCGGCCCCGGCGCCCCCGCCGCGGCCCGCCGCGCCCCCCCCCACCACGCCCGCCCCGCGCCCCCCGCGGAGGAGGGGGGGGGAGGCGGGAAGGGGGGGACGGGAGGAGAGCGGGAGGCGGGGCGGGAGGGAGCCCGCAGCGGGGGGGGGCGGGGGCGGGCCCGCGGGGGCCGGCCCGGGCGGGGGAGGGGGCGGCGGCGCCGCGGCCAGCCGCGGCGCGCGCCCAGCCCCGCGGCGCGCCCCAGCCCGACCGACCCAGCCCGGAGAGCCAAGCCGGAGCCCGAAGGGACGGAGCCGGCGGGCCGACGGCCCGGACCGACAGGGGCCAACAGGCCAGAGGCGGGGCACCGGGGAGACCGGCGGCGGAGAGGGGACGGCCCGGCGCGAGAGGACACCCGCGCCCCCGGAGGGGCAAGGGCCAGCGAGAGCGCACCGGACGCCGCCGGAACCGCGACGCGGGCCAAGGCGCGGGCCCCGCGCGCGGGGCGAACCCAGGCCAGGGCGCCCGGCCCGGCACAAAGAAAAGAGAACGCGCCCCGGGGCGCCCGCCGGCGGCGCCGGGAGCGGGCGCGGGACCGCACGGGACGCCGCGCGGCGCCCGGCGCCGCCACGCCGGAGGCGGGGAGCGGAACCCGACGCCCGGGCGAGCGGCCGAGGGCAACGGAGGCCAGCGCCCGGCCCGGCGGAACGGCGCGCGCCCAGCGCGCAGGACCGACGGACCCAGGGGCAACGGCGGGGCACAGGGAACCCGGCGCCACGGCGGCCGGCAAAGGGCGCGGGGAAGAGGGGCGACGACCACCAAGAGCGGCACCGGCGGCGGCGCCACCCGGGCCCGCGCCCGAGGCGGCAAGGCGCACCGCAGCGGGCCACCGGCCGGCGGGCGAGAGCAACCAACACCGGGGCGGGGGGCGGAGGAGCGGCGGCAGCGGGCGCCGGAACCCGGCGGGCGGGGCAGCCCGCAGCGCCAGGGCGGCGGACCAAAAGGGGCCCACGAGGCACGCGCAGGCCACGCCCGGCGCCACGCCAGCGAGCCGGGCGGCGGACCCAGGGAAAGGGGGAGAAGAGGGGGAGAGCGGGGCGGCCCCAAGACCGCGAAGCAGGCGCGGGACCGGAGAAAACGGCGGGGGGGGGCGGCGAGAGCGCCAGCGAGCCGGAGGGAAACGGCGGAGGGAACCAGCGACGAGAGGGGCGAGGAGGCGGCGCCCCGAGACCCAGGGCGGACGACCGAGGGGCACGGCAGGACCGCGACGGACCGCCACCAGAGGGGCCGCGGGCGGCGCCCGGCCCAGGCAGAGGGCACCAGCGGGCGGGGCCGAACACGGGGCGCGCGGGCGCCACCGCCCCGGCGCGGCGGGCGAGACGGGCCGGGGGGGCGCCCGCGGCGGACGGGGAGAGGCCGCGGGAGCCCACCGCGGCCGCCGGCGGAGGGCGGCCGGCACCGGCAGGGCGCCACGGCGGCGGGCGGGCGAGCCCCGGACGCGCGCACGGGGGAGACGCCGGGGGCCGGGGGGCAAGACGGGGCGGGGGGGGGGGCCGACAGCGCCGCGGACCCCGGGCGCGCGCGCGGCGGGCCGGCGGGGCGCCCCGAGACGCGACCCCCCGGGCCCGACGGCGCGACCCGCCCGGGGCGCACGGGGGACAGGCCGCCCCGCCCCGACCCCACCCCGCCCCGCGAAGGGGGGGGGGGAGGCGGGCCGGGGCGGGAGAGCGGGCGCGCCGGGGGAGGGGCGGCCCGGCCCCCGGGAAGAGACCCCGGCGCGCCCCCGCGGGGGACGCCCCCGCGCGGGAGCGGGACCCCCGCGGGGGGGGGGAGCGCCGGGAGGGGGGGAGAGCGCGGCGACGAGGGCGGGCGCCCGCGGCCCCGGGAGGCGGCGAGCGCGGCGGCCGGCGGGGCGGGAACACCCGGGGAGGGCGGGCCCGCCGCCGCCGCGAGACGGCGGCGGGGCCCCCCGAGCCACCGGCCCCGCCGGGCCGGCCCAGCCGGCCCGGAGCCGGGCGCGGCGCACCGCCGCGGGGAAAGGCGCCCGGCGGCGCCGGGCGCCGGCCGGGGGGCGGGCCCCGCCGGCCCCACCCCCGGCCCCGCCCGCCCACCCCCGCGACCCCCCCGCCGCCGCCCGCCGCCCGCCCGGGAGGCGGACGGUGGAGAGCGGGCGAGGGGCGGAGGGAGGGCGGGGGAGGGGGCGGGAGGCACGGGGAGCGGGAAAGAGCCGCCGGGCCGCCGGCACGGCCGGGCCCGCCGCCGGGGGGAAGCCGCCGGGCGGACGGCGCGGACCCCACCCGGGACCGCGGAACGGGGGCACGCCCGCGGGAACGCGCGCGGCAAAGGGCGGCAACGGUCCCGGACGGGACGGGGGACGAGCGGGCGCGGCCGGGAGGGAGCCGGAGAGGGAGGGACCACCCGCGGGGGGCGGCAGGCCCAAGCAACCCGACGCCGGGAAGACCCGGGCCCGGCGCGCCGGGGGCCGCGACCGGCCGCACACCGGCCACGGGCGGGGCCGCGAGCAGAAGGACGGGGGCCCCCCACGAGCGGCGCCGGGGAGGGGGCGGCCGGACGCCCACAGGGCCCGCGCCCCACCGCGGGGCGGGGGAGGCGGCGCGGGGCGCGGCCCGGGGCACGCGCCGGACGGAGGGAAGCCGGGGAGGUGGCGGGGCCGCCGCGGACGAAUGAGGCGGAAAGGCAGCGGGGCGCCACGGCGGAGCGGAGGGCGCGGCGCGGAGGGCCCGGAGGGAGGGGGCGAGGGAGCCCGCGAGGAGGGGCCCGAGAAGGGGGAGACGCGGAGGCCCGCGGCCGACCGCCCCGGGCCCCCGCGGCCCCGCGCACACGCGGCACCCCGACGACCGACCGAACCCCCCCCGACGACCCGGCGCCCCGCCGGGAGGAGGAGGCCGGCGGCGGCGGCGGCGGCGGCGGCGGCCGGCGGGGCGGAGAGGGAGGGGCCGAGGCGGGGCGGGGAGCACGAGCCGGCGGCCACGGGACGGACGGGGCGCGGGACGGCGGAGAGCGGGACGCGGGGGAGAGGGGCGGGGCACGCGCGGGCGCCGAAGCCCGAACGGGCGACGGACGCACCGCGCGGCCCCGAGCGCCCCCGGCCCCCGCCACCGCCCCGCCCCCGCGGCGGAAGCUCCGGGGCGCGAACCGCGGCACGGCCGCAGCCCGGGGGGGAGAGCGCGCAGCGGCGGGCAGACGCCGCGGCGGCCCGCGGGGCGCCGCCGAGGCACGCGGCCCCGGGGCGCGGACGCGCACGCGGACCGGCCGCGGGCGCGAACCGCCCGCCCGACGGGGCGAGAGCCGCGGGGGCGGGCCGGGAAGCGGGCACGGGCCGCGGACGCACGGCGGCCGGGGGGAGGCACCGCGGGCGGGGGGAGAGGGGGGCGCCGGCCGGGCGGACCGGAAGACGCGACCCCCACCCCCGCCACCCCGCGGGGCCCCCGCCACCCCGGGGCGCGAGACCGUCCCCGACCCCCGACCCCCCCCCCGACGGCGGCAACACCCAGAGGCCGCGGGCGGCGCGAGGAGGCGCGCCCGGGGGGGGGGAGACCGACCCCAGAAGGCCCGGCGGGCCAGGGGCCUCGGCGCGGCGCGCGGGCCCCGGCCCCGGCGCGCGGGCGGCAAGCGCCCCCGCGGCCACAGAGCCGGCGGGGGGACGCCGGGGCGGCACGGAGGGGGACGGAGGGCCCGGCGGGCCCGCGAGGACAGCCCCCAGCGCGCACCCCGGAGGGCGAGGGAGCGGCAAGCGACGCGCAGACAGGCGGAGCCCCGGGAGGAACCCGGGGCCGCAAGUGCGGGCGAAGUGUCGAGUGAGCAAGGUGGCCGGCAAGGCACAGGAAGGCUGCGCAGCGAGCGGCGGUCGGCAGCGACGCACGAGCCGAGUGAGCCACCGCGAAGAGGCGUACGAGCGGCGGCGAGCGGGCGCGCGGCGGGAGACCCGCCGCGGGCACGGCACACGGCCCGCCGCCGCCGGCUCCCCCCCGGAGGCGGGAGCGCGGCGGCGGGGGGCCGUCCGGCCGGCCGAGGCAGACGGAAAGCAGCACACCGGAGGGGCCGGGAGAGGGCACACGACGGGGCACCCGGCGCCCACGCGCCAGGGGGGGGCGGGCACCCCACAGCCCCCGCCCGACGGCCGCGGCGGCCGGGACCGCGGCGCGCCACGCCGCGCGCCACCCCGGCCCCGCGGGGGACGGCGGAGUCCGGGGGAGACGGGAGGGUGCCGCCCCGACGCCCGCGGGCCCGACCGCCCCGACCCCAAGGCGGACGGGCGACCCCCCCAGGGGGCGAAACCCCGCGCCGGGACGCGCGAGGACCGGGGAAGGGGGAGGCGGGCGAGGGGCACGGCGCGCCCCCGCCCCGACGCGGACCACCGACCGCCGCGGCCCGCCCGCGGCCGCGCGCGCGCGCGCGGGCUCGGCGCGGCCGGCCCGUGACACACGGGGGCCCCCGCCGCGCGCCGGUCGACCGCCGCCCGGAGGGCCCCGCGGGCGCCGGACAGCCGGCCCACCCGUCCCCCCGGGACGGGGCAGAGCCCGUGCCCACCGCCGCGCCCGCACACGCCGCCCGGACGGGCCCGGCUCGCCGGACCGCCCCGGCCGCGCGCCCCAACCACGGGGGGGGGGGGCCCCCGGCCGCGCCCGCGCGCCCGGGCACCCCGCCCCCAACCACCACCACCGAGGGCAGAGGGCAGGGGGCAGGGGCGCCGACGGGAAGGCCCCGAGGCCCGGAGGGGCGCGGGGAGGCGCCCGGCGACGCGCGACGGGCCCAGAGCGGCGGGACGACCGACGACGACCGGCCGAGGCAGACCGGCCCAGGGCCGGCGGCGCGGGAGGCGACGGGGCGGGGCGAGCGGCCCCGCGACGGGGAAGCCGCCGCCCGGCGCGCCCGCACAGCCCGCGAGACGCGACCGGAGGACCCGCGCCGCGCGGGGGCGCGGGCCGGGGAGAGGCGGGCGGGGCCGGCGCCACGGGCGGGGGGGGGGGGGGAGGCGCACGGGGCGGCCCCCCCCCCACCCCCCGAACCCGCGGGCCCACCGCAGGGACGGGGCGGGGAGGGCCGGGCGGGGAGAGGGACACACGCCGGAGGCGGCGACGCCGCCGCCGCCGGGCGCGAGGCGCGGCGGCGGGGCGCCCCCCCGCCCCCAGACGCGGCGCCCGGCCCCCCGGCCCCCCCAGCCCGCGCCGCACGGGGGGUCGGCGGCGGAAGGCGAGGCGCGCGAGCCGGGCGGCGCCGCGCGCGGCACGCGACCGCCGCGCGGAAGGAGCCGGCCGCAGGGGCACCGACGGAAACCGGGGACGACGGGGACGGCCGCGAGAGAGGCAAGGGCGACCGGCGGCGCAGCGCGCCGCCAGGGCCGGGGGCCGACCCCGGCGGGGCCGAGCCGAGGGCCGCACGAAACCAGCCAAGCGGGAGGAGCGACGGGCGGGGGGACAAAGGGCAGGGACGGAAGCAACGCAAGCGAGGACCCGCACGGACGGGGAAGGCCGCGGGCAGGGGGAAGAAGGGCAAGCCCCGAGCCCAGCACGAAGGGGGGCAACGGGGACCCGCGCCGGCCGGCGGAGGGGAGGCACACGCGGAGCCAGGCAGGGGAGCGCGCGGGCAGCCCCGGACAGCGAAGGGCAGCACAGACCGGGAGGGCGCAAGCGCGGGGGGCGAACGCCACGGGGCCCGCGAAGAAGGGGGGGGACGCCGACCGCGCGGGGGGCGCGGAACGAGGGAGCAGGCCAGAGGCGCGGGCGGGAGCGGAAGGAACCAGACAAAGCGCGCCACCAACGAAGAACGGCCAGGCACCACCACCCACGGAAGCGAGAAAGAGCGAGCAAGCGGGCAAGCCGGCCGGGGCCGGGCCGGGGGAGGGGGCCCGGGGGGAGGCAAAGGAAGCCGCAGGCGCCACGCCGGGGGGGGCCCGGCCGGCAAGGCCGGGAAGGGGCAGCGGGGCAACCAGACGCCCCCCGGAACCCAAAGACGGGGGGGGCCCGGAAGCGGCCCGGCGGGGCAGGGGAAGAACGCCGCCGCAGCGCCAGGCGGCAGCGGGGAGGGGCGGAACGACGACGGGAGCGGAGCGGCGGCGAACCGCCGACGGGCGGGCGGGAGGAAGGAAAACAUGCGGGGCAAAGGCGGGCGCGCGGGGCCGGCGGGCGCCGGGCCAAGAAGGGCACCGCGAGCGGCGCAAGACGAAGGCCCCCGGCCGGCCCGCGGAAGCAGGGCCGCAGGGCCGAAAACCAACAAAAGAGAACCGCGGGCCGAGGCCAGGAGCGAGCGGCGGGAGCCAGGCGGCGCGGGCCGGCGGGGAAACACGCGAAGGGGGCAAAGGAAACGCGGCGGGCCCCGCGGGACACGCAGCGAAGAGCAGCGAGGGGCGGCCGAGAGGCAAGGGGCGGGGACGGGCGGGGGCGCGCCGCGCGGCGGACCGCCCGCCCGCGCCCAAGAGCCAACGACGAGCGGGGAACGGCAGCAACGGAAGAGACGCGAGGGGAGCGGGAAGGACCGCGGCGGCGGGCCACCAGACGGGCCCGCCAAGGGAGCCGCGCGGAAGGAGGGAAAGGGGACGCAGGCCAAGGACAGGGCCGCGAAAGAGGCCGGGAGGGGGAGGGGCGGCACGACCGCCCCGGGGCGGGAGGGGGGAAGGGCGCGCCGGCGGCCGGCCGGGGAGGGGGAGCCGGGCGCAGGCGCCCGCGCCGGAAGCGAACCCGGAGGCCCCGGCACCCGGGGGCACCAGGGGAGGCACGGCGACGACCAGCGAAAGGGGAGAGGGCAGACGGGCGAAGGGGGCGGCGCCGCCACGGGGGCGGGCGAGCGGCCCGAGGGGAGCGAGAGGCACCAAAGCCGCCGGCGCCCGCCCCCCGGCCGGGGCCGGGGAGGAGGCGGACCGGGGGGGGGGAGCGGAGAAAGGCACGCAGCCCCCCCGCGAAGGGGGGCAGCGCCCGGCGGCAGGGAGGAGCGCGAGAAGGACCACAGGGAGCCAAGGAGGAGAGGACGCGAGCGACCAAAGGAACCAGAACGGAGGGAAGGAGCCAGGCGCAGGGGCACGGGACCGGGCCGGGCGGACGGAGACAGGCAGGGCGGAAGCGGGGAGACAAGCAGAGGCGACGGGCAGGAGCAACCAGGGAGGGGGAAGCGAGCGCGACGACGAGGAGCCGGGCGGGCCGGGGGGGGGGGGGGGGGGAGAGGCAGACCCCGCGAGGCGAGGGAGCGGAGAGAGGAGGGGGGGGCCGGGAAGGGCGCGCGCCGGGCCGGGAGACCCGACCGCCCCGGCCCGCCCGCGGCGAGGACGCCCGACCGCGCGACCCACCCGCGGGGGCCGCGAGGGCGCGGCGCCGGCGCCGCCACCGCGCGGGAGGCACGAGGGGGGGGGCGGGGGGGGGGGCGGCGGCGGAGGAGGGCGGCGGGCCGCCCGGCGCGCGCCCGCCGCCAGCCCGCCCGGCCGGGCCACACCGGGGACGGCCGACGCGCGCCCGCGGCCGGCCGGCCGGCCACCCGCCCCAGAGCGGGGCGGGGGACGCCGGGCGGCGAGGACGCGGGCGACCGGCCCGCGGCGGGGCAAGACCGGGGACCCGGCCCGCGCGCGGGCGAGCGCACCGGGGCGGGGGCGCCCCCGCGGCCGGCACGCGACGGCGGGCGGCGGCGGGGCGGCGGGCGACACGGGCGACGGAGCGGGGCCGCGGCGGGCCCGGGAAGCGAGCACACACGGGGCACGCGGCCCCGGGGAGCAGCAGACGGCGAGGGGACCGAGGCGGACGGACGGGCGGAGAGGGGCACCGACGGGAGGCGGCCACGCGGGGCCGACACCGCGCAACCGGCGGCGGGGGGGGGGGGCCGCGCGCCACCGCGAGGGGGAACGGCCCCAAAGCGAGCCGGGGGAGGGGACGCGAGGCGGCCGCCGGGGCCCACCGCGGGAGCGCACCGCCACAGGCCCGCCCGGCACAGGGGCGGGCCCGCGGCGCCACCCCGCGACGAAGGACGGGCCGCCCCCACCCCGCGCGGGCGCGCGGCCACCGCCACCGCCACCCCCGGAGCCGCAGCCGGCCCGGGGAGAACACGCGCCCGCCGCACACCGGCGGCCCCCCCCCCACGGCCCCGCACGCGCGCGGGGCGCCCCCGCCCGCCCCCCGCGCGCAGGGCGGGCCGAGGGCACGGCACCGCGCCGCCCGGGGACGCCACCGGCCCGGCAGGGGCCGGGGGACGACACCCACGGGAAGGCGAGGCCGAGGCCGGCGCGGGCCCGGGCAGGGGACGGGAACGCGGGCGGGCGCACGCGCGGGACGAGGAGAGGCGAGGCGAGGCCGGCGGCGGCGGGGAGGGGCCGGCGAGCACGCACGGCGGGGGCCGCGGGACAGGGACGCGGGCGCCGGCCGGGGACCGGAGGAAAAAGACCGGGCCACGCGGCCGGGCCCCAGGAACACCAGCGCGGGAGCCCACCGCCACCCGCACGCGAGGGCGGGCCCGCGACGCCCGGGGCGCCGGCCGGCCCCGGCCAGCCCCGGAGCGGGGCCCGCGACCCGGCCCCGCCGCCAGGGCCGGCGAGCCGGCCACCCGGCGGCCGCCAGCCAGCCGCCACAGAGCCGGCGGCCGGCGGAGGCGGAACCCCGAGGCGCGACAACCCGGGGACGACGCGCGCGAGCGAGGCGGCCCGGACCGGGACCGCACGCCGCCACCGGCGGCGGCGCAGGGGGCGAGGGCGGGCGCGACGGGCGCCCCGCACCAACGGCCGCGGGGCCGGGGAAGCCGAGGCCGACCGGGCGGCGCGCCCCGACACGGCCCCCCCGGCCCCAGGGCGCACCCCACGGGGGCCGGCCGCACGCACACGGCCCCCCACCGGCCGGACGCCCGGCGGGGCCCAGCGGGACCCGCCCCCGACGCGGAGGGGGGAGGCGCGGGCCGCGGGAGGCAACGAGCGGCACGCGGCCCCACCGCGGGGCCGGCGCACCCGACGCCCGCCCCGCCCGCGGAGGGCGGGGGAGGCCGGCGCGGCCCACGGGCGCCGGCAGGCGCCACGGGGGCCACGGCGGCGCGCGGGAGGGGCGGCGGCGGGGGGGGCCGGGACCCCAAGGCGCCCGCGCGGAGCGCGAGAGAAGGCGGGCGCACCGAGGGCGCGCCGGCCCGCCCCCGGACCGGCGCGCCGGCGGCGCACGGAGGCGCGCCACGAGCCGCCGGCCGCAGCCGGGCGGGAGGGGGCGGCGGGACAGGGAAGCGGACCACCACACCAGGAGCGGGGCGCGGGCAGGGCCAGAGCAGAGCCCGCGGCCCGCCCCGGCAAGGCCGCAGCGCCGAGGCCGCCGCGACGAGGGGAACGGGCACGCCGCGCCCGGCCGCCGCGACCCCCCCGAAAGACAGCCACGCGCGGGACACACACGCCACCGGGCGGGGACCCGAGGGGGACGCCGGGGGGAGGAAACGACACCACCGCGCGGCCGCAGGCACCGGAGGGACGACCGGGAGCGCGCCAGGGGCACCACCGAGGGGCACACGAGGCACGCGCGCACACCCGCGGGGGGGCGCGCAGCGCGGCAGCGGCGGCACAGCCCGCCCCGCCACAGGGAGGGCCGCGCGCCGGGCACACGCCGAGGAGGCGAAGCGGGGAGCGAGCGGCCGGGGCAGAAGACCAACGGCCCCCACGGACGCCCCGAGGCAGGGGACGGGAGACCGAAGAGCAGGGCCAGAGGCCACACCCAACCCCGGCCGGCCGCACCCGCCCGGACGGGCAGCGGGGGGGGAAGACAAGCGAGGGGCCCGCGGACAGACCGAGAAGAGCGGACACGGGCACCGGGAACGCCCGGCCCGCGGCCGGCACGGGGGCGGCGCGGCCCGGGAGAACACGACCACACCACAGCGAGCCGGGAGCCGAGGGGGAGCAGGGGGAGGCACGGCGAGGACAGGCACCAGAGGGGCCCGCGGGCAGCCGCGCCGGCAGCCGCCAGCCCCCCCCACCGCGCCGCAGGCGAGAGCGGCCAACGACCCCGAGAGGAGAACACCGGACAGGGGCGCGGAGCCCACAGGGCGGGGGGCGGCCCAGCCGCCACCAGGGGCCCACAGCGGGGGGGAGGGGCGCCGAGGGGAGAAGACCCGCGCCACCGCGCCCCCGCCACCCGCGGGGCGGGGCAGCCAGACGACACCACACAGGAGCCGGCGCACAGGCCCAGGCGGGCGGCGCCAGCGGCGAAGGGCCGAACCGGGCACCAGCGGGCGGCCCAGAAGCCCAGAGCCCCGCGGGCGGCCAGAGACCCACAGGCCGCCGGGGGCAGACACCAAAGGAGACCGGGGCAGCACGGACCGGGGGGCAAAAAAGGCCGAGGAAGGGCGACGAAAGGACAGCAGCCGACAGAGGAGCCCAGCGACGACGCGCAGGGAGGGCCCCCCGGAACCGGGGCCCGGCCACCGGGCCCCAACGCGGCCCCAGAAACACCAGGGGGAGCCGGCCGAGGACGCCCGCCCCGCGGCGGCCACGCGGGGAGGGGGACCGGGCCGGCCGAGGCGCCGGACGGGGAGGGGGCGGCGACGGGCCAAAGGAACACAGAAGACGGAACCGGCAGCGAGGCGCGGCCCACGAGACGAGCGGGCCCCGACCAGGGAGCGCGCCCGGGGCCCAGACCGGCCCAGACGGGGCACCCAGGACGGGCCCGAGCCGGGCCCCACCGCCCGACCGGGAGGCAGGGAGGCGGAGAGGGGGGAGCCAAAGGCGCGGCCGACGACCGAGACCCACGAGGGCACGCGGGAGGGCGAGCGCGCCCGCCCGGCCACCCGCGGGGAGCAGGGGCCGGGCCAGCCACGGCCGCCGGACCCGGCAGGACGGGGACAGAGAGAAAGCACGGGGGGCCGCGAGACGCCGCGGGCGACCGGACCCCACGCGGGGACCGCACACGCGCCGCCCCGGGCCACCCGCGGGUGCCCCACCGCCGGAGCGCGACGCGGAAAACACCGCGGGCAGAAAAGGACCGAGGGCCCGGACCCAGGCGCGCCCGCCGGCGACCUGCCAAAGCCACCGGCCGGGCCGGCCCCCACCGCCGGAGCGGGGCCGACGGCGAAGCAAACGCGCCGGAGGGCGGCCCAGGAGGAAGGCCGGACCGCCGAGCCCGAGGCCAGGCGCGCCGGGCAGGGAAGACCCGCGCCCGGCCCACCGCGGCGGCCCGGCCCAGGGAGGGGCCGGGCGGGCCGGUCGCCGCGGCCGCAGGGGCACGGGGAGAGGCGGGGCGACCCGGGCAGGCCGCCCCGCAAGCCGGCGCCGGGGCGCCGCGACGGGCACCCGCCGCAGAAGCCGAGAGAACCAAGCGCCGGCGACAGCAGGACGGUGCCCGAGGCCGCGGCGCCACCGGGGACGGGCGCCGCCAGCGGCGCCGGGGCGGACAGCGCGGCCGCGGGCCCAGAGGCGGAGGCACAAGCCGCCGGAAGGAGGCCGCGCCGAAGCGCCAGAGGGGAGGGACAAGAGACAAGCGGCCGCCAGGGGGCGCCCGACAAGCGACGCGAACGGCCCGAGGACGGGGCGCGGGCGCCGGCGCCGGGGACGCCACCGCGCCGGCGCCCAAACGCCCGAGCGCGGCCCGGAGCCGCCGCCGCCGAGCGACGCGACGCGACGCGACCCCGGCCGCGGAGGAAGGAGAGACGCGGGAAGGAGCGCCGCAGGAGGCGGCCACGAAGGAGACGCACGCCCCCACGCGAGCCCGGGGGGCGGGGGGGACAGGCCACGGAGACGCCGCGGGCGCGGGGGCGCGGGGCGGAGCCGGGGGCGCGGAGAGGGGGCACCAGCGAGCGGCAGCGCAGAC